CGUUUCACUUAGAAGCAGAAGCCGAGCAAUAAUAACACUCUCGCAAAAUCAAUACCUCAGUACAUAGUUUCACACUCUCAAUCUUCAAAUCGGGUACUCAAAAUUCCUGCAGAGAUCCCAACAACAUGAUGUUUGAUGAAGCAGAAUAUUCUCCUUCCACAGAGGAUCCUUACAGCUCUAUCGACACCCUCAAUACCACUAGAAAGAAGAAGAACAGGAACAAGAGGAGGUUCAGUGAUGAACAGAUUAAAUCAUUGGAAUCUAUGUUUGAAUCUGAAUCAAGGCUUGAGCCUCGAAAGAAACUGCAGCUGGCUAAAGAGCUUGGUUUGCAGCCACGACAGGUUGCAAUAUGGUUUCAGAAUAAGAGAGCUAGAUGGAAGUCCAAGCAGAUCGAAAGAGACUAUAGUAUUCUACUUGCCAAUUACAAUAGCUUGGCUUCCAGGUUUGAGACUCUGAAGAAGGAGAAGCAAGCUUUGGCAACACAGUUGCAGAAACUGAAUGAUCUGUUGCAGAAGCCAAGAGAGGAAGGAGAGUGUUCUGGGGAGGCAGCAGCUGUGAAUAGCAGUGAAGGUGAAUCGGAAAAUGGAGACGCCGCAAAGUGUGAUUCAGAAGCGAAGUGCAGCUUGUCAUUAAUUGAAACGUCAUCAAAUGGAUUGGGAGUUCUUUCAGAUGAAGAUAGUAGCAUAAAGGUUGAAUAUUUCGGAUUAGAGGAAGAACCCAACCUUAUGAGAAUGAUGGAACCUGGCGAUGGAUCUUUGACGACAUCACAAGAGGAUUGGGGGAGUUUAGACUCUGAUGGCCUUUUCGAUCAAUCAAACAGUGGUUGCCAGUGGUGGGAUUUCUGGGUUUGAUUGUAUAGGAAAUUGUAAGAGCGAAACACGGACUAUAUUUGCAAAUAAUCGCACUGAUGAAGUCAAAAAAUUUGGUGAGGAAGAAAUGAGAGACACCAUAACAUUUCAGCGAAAUGCUAGAUUGAGGAAAUUAAUGAAUUGAAGUAUCAGAAACAGAACAUCUGCCACUGGAAGAAAGUACAAAAGCUGCUAUGGUGAUCUGACCUCCAAAUCUGCCCUGAAACAAAUGAAGUUGAGUACCAGUGAGUUAAGGAAGCCAACACACGCGGAUAGUUGUAUAAAAUUGAGAGAGCGUGAGUGAGAGAGUCUUGCACAAAUACUUACCUUCGAACACUGAACUAGCUUAGCUAAAACUUACAUGUAAUUGAUACUAUGUUAUCUGCUAUCAGUUUAGAGUCUUUUUUUUUUU